UUCGUUCCUCCAGGAGACGGAGAUGCGCGUGGACCCUGCCCGGGACUGAACGCAAUGGCCAACCACGGCUACAUCCCGCACAACGGCAUUGCUACCAGACAGCAGUUCAUAGAUGGAACAAACGCGGUCUUUGGCAUGGCUCGCGACUUGGGCGGCUUCCUUGCCAACUACGGUGCUUCCGUCGACGGCGACGGGGAACAGUGGUCAAUUCGUGGUGUUCCUCACACCGGCAUUGCGGGCUCCCACGGCAACUACGAGACGGACAGCUCGCCGCUCCGCGCUGAUCUGAACCAGUACGGAUCCAACUCCAGAUUGAUCAUGUCGCAGUUCAACUCGCUGUACGCUCGCCAGCCAGAUGCUGCCACUGCCAACUACAACCUCGAAGUACUGCGCGACUUCAGAGGCGAGCGCUUCUUGGAGAGUAUCAACAAGAACCCCUACUUCACCUACGACCCAUUCGCCGGUAUCCUCGUUUCACAGGCCGCCUUCACCUUCAUUUACCGCUUCAUGGGUAACAAAUCGUUGGAAUACCCUGAGGGCGUACUCAACAAGGCCAACUUGAAAUCAUUCAUGUCCAUUGAGGGAGAUGAGAAUAACCUGCGUUGGAACCCAGGCCAUGAGCGUAUCCCAGACAACUGGUACAAGCGCAACCAAGCCGACGAGUACUCCAUUCCAUACUUCUUCUCCGACAUUCGCUACUUCGCCGAGACCCAACCCGAGAUCCUCGCCGUCGGCUGCAACCAGGGCCGCGUGAACUCGUACAACGGCAUCGACCCGUCCGUGCUCUCUGGCGGCGCAUACAGCUCGGCUGAUGUCGCUAAGAACCCGGGAUGCUUUGCAAGCUCUUUCCUUGCUGCCAGCGCGGCUCAGAGCAGCGACUCCCAGAUCAAGGCUGCGGCAUCCCAGAUCACUGGGCUGGUCAGCGGCUUGGGCUGCGCACCCAUCACGGCUUUGAACACCACUUCAUUCUCGCUGUGCCCUGGAUUCUCCCGCUACGGCGGUCCAGAGGGCCCAGUGGCUCCAGGCGCCAUUCAGAACUAG